GAGCAGUUAGAAAAGAUAUUUUGUGCAUUGUGUUGCCUAUAGUGUACAAAAAUGAAGAUUCACACAACAGUAUUACUGCUGGUACUUGUGAUUUGUUUGAUUAGUGGUUCAGAUGCAUGGAGAAGAAGAAGGAGAAGAAGACGUGCACCUGCACCAGUUAAUUGCCAGGUAUCUGGAUGGUCGGGCUGGAGUGGAUGCAGUGUGACGUGUGGACAAGGGACACAAACUAGAUCUCGAUAUGUCACAGUGAACCCUGCGAAUGGGGGAGCAGGAUGUCCUGGACUGACAGAAACCAAAACCUGCAGUAUUUCCAAACAAAACUGUGUGGUAUCAUCAUGGUCCAGUUGGGGAGUUUGCAGCCAAUCGUGUGGUUCUGGUAGUCAGACACGAACACGGCAUGUAACAGUCAAUCCAGCCCAUUGUGGAUCUGCUUGCCCAUCUUUAAAAGAUACCAGAGGAUGUACUGGCACUCAAUGCCCAGUCAAUUGUCAGGUGAGUUCCUGGUCCGCUUGGGGUUCAUGUAGUGUGUCAUGUGGAGAUGGAACUCAUUCUCGUACAAGACAGAUCACUGCGAACCCAGCUUAUGGUGGAGAUAGUUGUCCAGCUACUGUGGAACAUGAAAAAUGCGUUGUACCAAAACAAGAUUGUGUUGUAUCAUCAUGGUCCAGUUGGGGAGUUUGCAGCCAAUCGUGUGGUUCUGGUAGUCAGACACGAACACGGCAUGUAACAGUCAAUCCAGCCCAUUGUGGAUCUGCUUGCCCAUCUUUACAAGAUAGCAGAGGAUGUACUGGCACUCAAUGCCCAGUCAAUUGCCAGGUGAGUUCUUGGUCAGCUUGGGGUUCAUGUAGUGUGUCAUGUGGAGAUGGAACUCAUUCUCGUACAAGACAGAUCACUGCGAACCCAGCUUAUGGUGGAGACAGUUGUCCAGCUACUGUGGAGCAUGGAACAUGCGUUGUACCAAAACAAGAUUGUGUUGUUUCCCCAUGGGGUAGUUGGGGAGUGUGUAGUAAAGCUUGUGGACCGGGAAACCAGGAACGAUCUCGGGUCAUCACUGUUGAUACUGAUCACUGUGGAGCAGCAUGCCCACCACUACAAGAUAGCCAAGGUUGCACAGGCAUUCAGUGCCCUGUUGAUUGCCAGGUUGGUUCUUGGUCAUCUUGGGGUUCAUGUAGUGUGUCAUGUGGAAAUGGGACUCAUUCUCGUACAAGAAAUAUCACUGUAAACCCAGCUUAUGGUGGAGACAGUUGUCCAGCUACUGUGGAACAUGGAACAUGCGUAGUACCAAAACAAGAUUGUGUUGUUUCUUCAUGGGGUAGUUGGGGAGUGUGUAGUAAAGCUUGUGGACCAGGAAGUCAAAAUCGAUCUCGAAUCAUCACUGUUGAUACUGAUCACUGUGGAGCAGCAUGCCCACCACUACAAGAUAGCCAAGGUUGCACAGGCAUUCAGUGCCCUGUUGAUUGUCAGGUUGGUUCCUGGUCCGCUUGGGGUUCAUGUAGUGUGUCAUGUGGAAAUGGGACUCAUUCCCGUACAAGACAUAUCACUGUGAACCCAGCUUAUGGUGGAGACAGUUGUCCAGCUACUGUGGAGCAUGAAACAUGUGUGGUACCAAAACAAGAUUGUGUUGUAUCUUCAUGGAGUAGUUGGGGAGUGUGUAGUGAAGCUUGUGGACCAGGAAGUCAAAAUCGAUCUCGGGUCAUCACUGUCGCUACUGAUCACUGUGGAGCAGCAUGCCCACCACUACAAGAUAGCCAAGGUUGCACAGGCAUUCAGUGCCCUGUUGAUUGCCAGGUUUCUUCCUGGAGUGAUUGGACUGACUGUAGUGUAAGUUGUGGGGAAGGAACAAUAACAAGAACAAGGGAGGUGAAAGUUUAUCCUGAGUAUGGUGGGAAAGUGUGUCCUCAUCUUCAUGAGAAAGAUGAAUGCUCAAUUUCACAACAAGACUGUGAGGUUUCACCAUGGACUCUUUGGAGUGAGUGUAGUGGUUCAUGUUCCAACGCAACAAUUACUCGAUCCAGGGAAAUAACAACACAAUCAUCAGGGUGUGGGAAAGCUUGUCCAAGUUUGUCACAAACCAACUCUUGUAUUCCAUCAAGUUGUGUAAAGGACUGUGUGGUGGGUGAGUGGUCUGACUGGACAGAUUGCAGUGAAAGUUGUGGAACUGGAGUUGAGCUGCGUUACAGGGAGAUCACACAGGUUUCUGAAUACGGAGGAGAUGAAUGCCCUAAACUUACCGAAGAGAAGUCUUGCUCAGUGCCACAGAUAGAUUGUGAGGUGUCAAAAUGGUCAACUUGGGGGCAAUGUAGUACAACGUGUGGUCCUGGAAUUCACCAAAAAACUCGAACAAUUGUUCAUGAAAGUGAAGGAUGUGGAAAAUCUUGUCCCAUGUUGGAAGAAACAAAACCUUGUAAGAAUUUAUUCUGUGAAGCAGAAUGUGAAGAUGAAACAAAAAUACCAAAUGCAGAAGUUGUAGGAGAAGGACUUGAUGUUGCUACUUUGGUUAAGACAGUCCCAUUGUUGGAUAACAGCAAAAACAAUGGCUAUUGUGACACGGUAUAUUAUAAAGAUGAUGAUGUUACUUACCAAAUGCCAUACAAUCUUGAAACAUUUUUACCCGUGGAACAUGAAAUUACUUCAUUUGAAGUUAAAUCUCAAAAGAGUUUGGCAGCCCUGUUGGAAGAUAUGCAAGAAAAUAUUCAGAACAAACACGAGUAUGCUGGAACAUCAGAACAACUCCCCCUAAUUCAUGAAGCUGUCCCAUAUGCUACUGCUGGGAAUAAUUCCUUGAUUGAAAAACUGAUACUUGGAAGUCAUGAUAAUGAAUACAAAUACUUUUCCAUCAGAGCUGUUGCCAUCAUAGCUGAGUUCAAGUUAAAAGAUAAUGAUCUUAUCUUGAAUCCUGAAUUUAAAUCAAGUCUGGACAAUCUGCCUGUUGAAUACAAUGAAAAAAUGUACAUGGACAUCCUUAACCAGUAUGGAACACAUUAUUACACAAAGGGUAUCAUUGGUGGAAAGUAUGAAUACAUCUAUGAAUACAGUGAAGCUGCGUUGGAUGACUCAGGCUUAACUGAUAAGGAACAAAGAAAAUGUCUGGAAAAUGAGGCAAGGAUCGAAUUUUUGGGAGAAGAUGCUUCAAUUCGAAAUAUUAAAUGCUCUAACUUGGGAAAAAGUCGUACUUUGUUUACCAAUGCGGCAACCAGUGCAGUUUCUUUCGUUUCUGGAGGUAAUCCAGUUAUUGCAGAAACUCUUAAUAUCAACAGUGGUGCAAAGAAAUUUGUAAAAUGGAUGAACAGCAUACCUUCCAAUCCUGCAAUACUUAAUUAUAAGAUUUCUCCAAUAUCUGAGCUUGUUGGGCCUCGUGUUAGCCAUGCAAAUGUAACAAGACAAAAUCUGGAGAUGGCACUCUUGCAUUACAUGCAGGAAUACAACCCAACAAGCUGUGCAGAACAAGUUUGUCACAAUGGAGCAAUGAAGAAGGUUGUGAAUACAGGGAAGUCAUGUCUAUGUGUCUGCUUGGAUGGCUGGUAUGGAAGCCAGUGUGACAGAAGUGAUGCAUAAGAUGCCAAAUGGAGAUUACAACUGCUUGCACAUAUUGCACUGAACUAAUUGUUUAUAAUUACAUGAUCCUAUGUAUGCUUUUAUGAAAUUUCGCAAUAAUAAAGUUUCAUAUAUAAUAAAGCUAGUGAUAAAACUUGCAUACAUUCUUAA